AUGUCGUCGCCGACGUCGUUGGAGGAGGAGGGCGACAUCAAACUGAAGACUCGAUUUCAGGGACAGGUGAUUUUCAAAUAAAGACGAGAUUUCAAGACUUUUCUCUCACUUAUUCCCAAAAAUACAUCAAAGUUCGAUUUUCCUACAGUUUUUCACAAAAGAUCACGGCUGGGCAAGUUUCGGCUGAUAACUUUUGCCCGUUUUCAAUGAUCCGAUCGGACCGAAUCAUUGCAGGUUUCUUGGACACGGAUUGAAGUAUAUUGGGUCCGAGUUUCAGCCCGAUCGAAUCAUCCGGUCCUGAGAUAUGUGGCUUUGCGAAAAUUGCGGCCUUUUCGGCCUCUGAUCCACACAUAACUCGGGACCAGAUGAGCGGAUCGGUCUGCAACUCGGACCCAACGUACUUUAAUCCAAGUCCAAGAAACCUGCAGAGUUUGGGCCUAAUCGGAUAAUUGCAAGCGGGUCAAAAGUCCAGGCCUAAAAAAGCCUUCGAAGAGCUUUUGCCCAGCCCCGAAAAAGAUUAAAAAUUACCUUUAAAAACGUGUCUUUUUUGACAAAAAAAAAUUUGCAGGUUGUGGUGCUGUACGCGCGGCCGCCGCUGAUCCUGUCGGACUUUCUGGGACUGCUCCGCGACGCGUGCAAACAGCACCAGAAGCAGGAGAUCACGGUGAAAUGGAUCGACGAGGACGGCGAUCCGAUAUCGAUCGAUUCGCAGAUGGAGCUCGACGAGGCGGUCCGCUGCCUGAAUUCGAGUCAGGAGGCCGAGCUCAACGUGCACGUCUUCGUCGGCAAACCCGAACUGCCCGGACUGCCGUGUCAGGGAGAGGAUAGUGCGUCGUUCCGCGAAGUUUCCGGCUAAAAUCGCGUUCUUUUUUGCAGAAACAGUGUACAGAAGAGGCGCGCGAAGAUGGAAAAAGAUCUAUUUGUACAAUGGACAUCGAUUCCAGGCGAAACGGCUCAAUCGGUGAGCCCAGAAAAUGAUUGAAUUUUGGCAGAAAACCGCCUAAUUUCCAGUUUUCUGGCCUAGGAACCCAAAAGAUUAAUCUCGCGACAAAAUGACCAAAAACAGUUGUUCCAAAAUGAGUAAAAACCACAAAUUCAAAUGAUUGCCCAACUUUUCCCAGUCGGUGGCCUAGAAACCCAAUAAACUUGCAGACGAAUCCAGUGCUUCAUCUGCCACGACUACAUAUGGGGCAUCGGCCGUCAGGGAUUCCGAUGCGUCGACUGCCGUCUGUGCGUGCACAAAAAAUGUCAUCGGCACGUGCGAACGCAUUGUGGUCAGGUACGAACGGAAAGGAUACAAAAACAAGCACUCGGAUAAUAUAAUUUCCCUCUGCUCAUUAUUCUUCUUCUUCCCCUUUCCCCGCCGAAAAUGUUCUGUUUCUCGGUGUUCUUCAAUUAUUGGCUCAAACAGAUUCCACACAGAAGAGUACAAUAUCGCUGAGAUCGAUUUUCCGCACAUUAUCCAUUUGUUGCAGACGCCCGUCGGUCCGAUCAUUCCGCAAUUGACGCCGACGGCCAGCGAGACACGCGCGAGGGCCGAAUCGUCGACGAGCCGCCCGAUUGGCAUCGAUAACGGCGCGUAUCAGGAACUGGAGAUUGAGACGCCCGAGUCGGGACGGGUUACGGUAGGUACACGGUGGAUCCCAAUUUUUAGUCAAGAGCCUAGAAACACAAGCUUGCUCUUCCAUUAGAACGUUUCAAAAUCGUAUCUAGUUUAUCUGGAACUUCAAUUUAAAAUUUUUAUAAAUUUUGGCCUUCGAAAUGGCCUAGAAACCUCCAUGACGACCAAAAUUGCUCUUCUCUUGCUUUUUUGUGCCCACGCACACACACAAACUCACACAAAUUUCGGCGAGCAUGAGAAGAUUACAAUAUUUUGCACCUGCCUCCUCCUUCUUCUUCUUCUUCUGACUUUCACACCCAUUUAUUCGUAGUUCUCAAUCCAUUUCCAAUCCAUUUUCAUGCCGUUUCUAUGCCAAUGUUUCGCACUUGUGGACAAGAAAAAGCGCAGAAAAGUAGGCCCCGCUUUGCACUUUUUCAUCAUUUUUUUCGUCACGUUUAUCAUCAAACUUUUCAGAAUGGAAACGGAGCGACAGGAGGCGCCGCGUCGAAGUGGGCAGUCUCGCUCAAUGAUUUCCGUCUGCUGACCGUCAUCGGACGUGGAUCGUACGCGAAAGUGGUGCAGGCGGAGCACAUUGCCACGCAUCAGAUCUACGCUAUAAAGAUCAUCAAGAAGGAAAUGUUCAAUGAGGACGAGGACAUCGACUGGGUCCAGACGGAGAAAUCGGUCUUCGAGGCCGCCUCCAACUAUCCGUUCCUCGUCGGAUUGCACUCGUGUUUUCAGGUAGGCGAGACUCGUGAGGUGCUGGUGAAGAGCGCGAAAUCUAGAGUUUUGCUAGAAAUCAAACAAGAUGUUUGCAGACGGAAUCGCGUCUGUUCUUCGUCAUUGAAUUCGUGCCGGGCGGCGACCUGAUGUUCCACAUGCAGCAGCAACGGAAACUGCCGGAAGAGCACGCGCGCUUCUACGCCGGCGAAAUAAUACUGGCGCUGCAUUUCCUGCACUCGCGCGGCAUCAUCUACCGCGAUCUGAAGCUGGACAACGUGCUCAUCGACGCCGAGGGACACAUCAAACUGACCGACUACGGAAUGUGCAAAGAGAAUGUGAACGCGGGCGACGUGACGUCGACGUUCUGCGGAACGCCCAACUACAUUGCGCCCGAGAUUUUGCGCGGCGACGAGUACGGAUUCAGUGUCGACUGGUGGGCACUCGGAGUGCUCAUGUACGUGGAUUCUCGGCGGGCAAUACUCUAGAAGAUUCCACUCAUUUGCAGGUUCGAAAUGAUGGCCGGCCGCUCGCCGUUCGACAUUGUCGGCAUGCAGAACAACGUGGAGGAGAACACGGAGGACUACCUGUUCCAGGUGAUCCUCGAGCGUCAGAUCCGCAUCCCGCGCUCGCUGUCCGUCCGCGCGAGCGCCAUCCUCCGCGGCUUCCUGAACAAGGAUCCGACGGAGCGGCUCGGCUGUAAACUGGACAUCAACGAGGGACUGCGCGACAUGAAAGAGCACCAGUUCUUCCGCGGAUCCAUCGACUGGGAGGCACUCGAACAGAAGGCCGUCGCGCCGCCCUACCAUCCGGCCGUCGAGAGCGACAGGGAUCUGACGCACUUUGAUCAUCAGGUAGGGUAGCCAAAAAUCCUUUGAAAUAAAUCGUUUUGCAGUUCACCGACGAGCCGCCGCAACUGUCACCGGACAAUCCGGCGGUGAUCGCGCGCAUCGAUCAGUCCGAAUUCGACGGCUUCGAGUACGUGAAUCCGUUGCAAAUGAGCCGAGAGGAUUCGGUUUAG